ACAUUGAGGAACCACAGUAGUGCUACUGAAGAGGAGAUAAAAUGCUGCGCCCAGCAGCGACCCAGUACUUGGUGGACAGGCAGGUCUACUCCGAGGACCGCUUUGCUGAGGAACACCAGAAGAUUGAGAGGAAACACAAGACCCUGCUGAACCAUGUCAAAGAAUAUUUCACCUGUGAUGCCAAACGUGCCAAGAAAGGAGCGCUGUCUCUCCUGCCCAUCGUGGGCUGGUUGAGGAUCUACCGCCUGAAGGAGUGGCUCCUGAGUGACAUCGUGUCAGGGGUCAGCACUGGGCUGGUGGCCGUCCUUCAAGGUCUGGCUUACAGCCUGCUGGCAUCCCUGCCACCCUGGUAUGGACUCUUCACAGCUUUUUUCCCAGUCAUUAUUUACUUCUUUCUUGGCACCUCCCGACAUAUCUCAGUGGGGGCGUUCCCAGUCCUGUGUUUGAUGAUAGGCUCUGUGGUGACCCGACUGGUGCCCGAUGAAGGCCCGCCGGCCAACAUCACAGGCUUCGAAGGCCUGACCAGGGACGAGCAGAGGGUGGUUGUGGCCGCCUCCGUCACCUUCCUCAUGGGGAUAAUGCAGCUAGCCAUGGGGGUGCUACAGGUGGGCUUCAUCGUCAUGUACCUGUCAGACACCCUGGUGUCUGGGUUCACCACAGCAGCAGCAGUCCACAUCCUGGUGUCCCAGUUGAAGUUUGUGUUGGGCCUGGUCGUUCCAGGUCUCAGUGGACCUCUAGCCCUCAUUUAUACCCUGGAGAAGAUCUUUGUCCAGAUCACAAAGACAAACAUCUGCGACCUGGUGAUUUCCUUAGUGAUCAUGGUGGUGGUGUUCAUAGUGAAGGAGGUCAACGACAGAUUCAAAGCUAAGCUACCUGUUCCCAUCCCCAUAGAGGUCAUUAUGACUAUCAUAGCAUGUGGCAUUUCCUAUGCAUUCAACUUCAAGGACAAAUUCAAUGUGGAUGUUGUUGGCCACAUUCCAAAAGGAUACGAGGCACCCUUGGCCCCUAACAUGCAGAUCUUCCAGCAAACAGCCAUGGAAGCCUUCCCCAUGGCCAUCGUGGGCUUUGCCGUGGCGUUCUCUGUCGCCAAGGUGUACUCGGUUAAACACGAUUACAUCAUCGAUGGAAACCAGGAACUGAUAGCCUUUGGGGUCAGUAAUAUGUUCGGGGCUGCGUUCAAGGCCUUCGCCUCCAGCACAGCUCUCUCCAGGAGCGCGGUGCAGGAGAGCACGGGUGGGAAAACACAGGUCGCUGGUAUUCUGUCAGCCCUCAUUGUGAUGAUAGUGACCUUGGCCAUUGGGUUCUUGUUGGAGCCACUUCCAAAGUCUGUGCUGGGGGCCGUAGUCAUAGUCAACUUGAAGGGCAUGCUGAUGCAGGUCAGAGACAUCCCUUACCUGUGGAAGAAGGACCGUCCCGACUGUGUGGUGUGGGUGGUGACCUGCCUGGCAGCCAUCUUGCUGGGGCUGGAUCUGGGGCUGGCUGUGGGCCUGGGGGUGGAGCUCCUCGCGGUUGUCUUCAGAACUCAGUUUCCUCGUUGCAGUGUUCUGGCCAACAUCCAUGGAACAGACAUCUACAAAGACAGAAAGGACUACUUAAGUAUAUAUGAGCCAGAGGGGGUUAAGAUCUUCAGGAUACCUUCUCCCAUUUUCUUUGCCAACAUUGAGUUUUUCAGAGGAAAAUUGGUGGAAGCUGUGGGAUUUAACCCUUUGAGGAUCUUGAGGAAGAGAAACAAGGCCAUGAGGAAGAUCAGGAAACUGCUGAAGACAGCAGAUCUGCAGAUGACACCUAAAGGGUUCCUGACCACGUCAUCUGGACCCCUUGAUGAAUCGGAGGAUGAGAGCAACAUGGAGGACUUGGACCUGCCCAUUGACUUCAAGGACCUCCCCAUCCAGGUGAACUGGAACUCUGAGCUCCCUGCCAACAUCUGUGUCCCCAGAGUGGACAUCCACAGCCUGGUCCUGGACUUCUCUGCUGUCUCCUUCCUGGACAUCUCUGCCCUGAAGGGACUCAAAGUGGCACUUAAAGAAUUUAUUCGGAUUGACGUUGACAUCUACAUUGUGGCGUGCGAUGUGUACAUCUUAGAGAAACUGCAUGACUGCCAGUUUUUCGAUGAUGAAGUGCAGUCAUCCAUGUUCUUCUUGACACUCCAUGAUGCCAUGCUGCACAUUCGGGAGAAAUAUCCUGCUCUGGUGGAAAAACAUUCUGUUCCUGUAAAGGUUGUAACAACUGCCACUGUCCACUACAACAAUCAAAGCAAUGAAGGGGGCCAUUUGCGAAGCAGAGAUAUAACUAGUUUUGAACCGGAGACCAAAUUCUAGUUCCUGAUCUGACUGUGGGGUCCUUGAGCUUUGUGUCAAUUGGUCCUGUCCUGGUUUUCUGUAACGUAGAUGCUUCCAAGCGAUGAUGAACUGUCUUACUGUAUGUAAAUAAAACAAUCAUGUUUCACAGUACAUUUUUAUUUUCUGAAAUUCUAAGAAAAGUCUGUUUAGUAAGUAUGUAUAUGCAUUUUAUACUUGUCCAUACUUGUAAUUUUGUAGAAACGUUGCUACAUAUUAUUUUAGUAGUAUUGCUGGUUCUUUUUCAUGACAAUACUGAAUAAUAAAGUUU